UAGCCAGGAUGGUCUCGAUCUCCUGACUUCAUGAUCCGCCCGUCUCGGCCUCCCAAAGUGCUGGGAUUACAGGCAGGAGCCACUGCGCCUGGCUAUUUGUUGUAAUUUUCUUGUUGCCUCCCUGAUCACAUUGUGCUUUCCUCUUCUUGUGUGUCCAGAACUUUCUGUUCUCUGAAUAUGGGCUUAGUCCUUCAGCCACUUUUUUUCUCUGUCCACACUCAUUGCCUUUCCUUAUCAACUCAGCUCAUGGCUUUGAACCCCACCUGCACAGCUUUGUGUCACCUGCGGGAACUCUCCCGUGAACUCUGGAUCCUGUGUCUAGGCCUCCCAAAGUGCUGAGAUUACAGACGUUAGCCACUGUGCCUGACUAAAUCUAUUUAUUUAUUUAUUUUAAGAGAAAUGGUGUCUCACUAUGUUAUUUAGGCUGGUCUUAAACUCCUGGCCUCGAUUGAUCUUUCUGCCUCAGCCUCCCAAAGUGCUAGGAUUAUAGCGUGAGCCACCACGUUCAGCCUCUACCUUUCGUUUCUGAGGCCAGAGAGGUGAGGGAGGCUGUUCUCUGCAAGGGGUUUGGUCAGGGCUCGCUGUGUGCCCUGAAUGGGGGAGCUCAGUCCAGCCUACCUCCCAAUUGCUGCAGCGUGUGUGGGGGCUUCUCCAGGAGGAGAGCCGAUUCUGAAGAAAGGGGUCAGAAACUCACUCGCUGGUCUUCCUGCAGGAGCUUCUUGUCCCUGCAUCGCCCUGGUGCAGUGGGCAGCUGAGACCAUCUUUCCAAGGGUGAGGUCUUCCCUGUGUGUAUGUGAUUGUGCCACAGGAAGAGGAUGUGUUGAUUCUGAGCAAUAAACAGCACAUUUUGGAUAUUCAAUAUUGACUUCUAAAGGCACUUUCCUGUGACCUAAGGAAGAACCCUCGAAGAGGAGGAAGAGGAAGGAAAGAGAAGUCGGGCAUGGCUCUCACCCAGGAACAGGUGACAUUCAAGGAUGUGGCUAUAGAAUUCUCUCAGGAGGAGUGGACAUGCCUGGACCCCGCUCAGAGGACUUUGUACAGGGACGUGAUGUUGGAGAAUUAUAGGAACCUGGCCUCCCUGGCAGGAAUCUCUUGUUUUGACCUCAGUAUUAUCUCUAUGUUGGAGCAAGGGAAGGAGCCUUUCACCGUGGAGAGCCAAGUACAAAUAGCAAGAAACCCAGAUGGAUGGGAAUGGAUCAAAGCCGUGAUUACAGCUCUCUCUUCUGAAUUUGUAAUGAAAGAUUUACCACACAAAGGGAAGAGUAAUAAAGGAGAAGUAUUCCAAACAGUGAUGUUGGAAAGACAGGAAAGCCAUGACAUUGAAGGCUGUUCCUUCAGGGAAGUCCAGAAAAAUACGCAUGACCUUGAGUAUCAAUGCAGAGAUGCUGAAGGAAAUUACAAAGGAGUGCUUAUGACCCAGGAAGGCAGUCUCACUCAUGGAAGAGAUGAACAUGAUAAAAGAGAUGCAAGAAACAAGCUUAUUAAAAAUCAGCUUGGAUUAAGCCUUCAGUCACAUCUGCCUGAACUGCAGCUUUUUCAAUAUGAAGGGAAAAUUUAUGAAUGUAAUCAGGUUGAGAAGUCUUUCAGCAAUAGUUCCUCAGUUUCAUCACUUCAACAAAUGCCUUAUAAUGUCAAAACCCACAUUUCUAACAAAUAUCUCAAAGAUUUUAUCUCUUCUUUAUUACUCACACAGGGGCAAAAAGCAAAUAAUUGGAGAAGCCCUUACAAAUCUAAUGGAUGUGGCAUAGUCUUUCCUCAAAAUUCACACCUUGUGAGUCAUCAGAGAAGUCAUACUAAAGAGAAACCUUACAAAUGUUAUGAGUGUGGCAAAGCCUUUAGAACACGUUCAAACCUAACUACCCAUCAGGUAAUCCAUACUGGCGAAAAACGUUACAAAUGUAAUGAGUGUGGUAAGGUCUUUAGUCGAAAUUCACAACUCUCACAACAUCGGAAAAUUCACACUGGAGAGAAACCUUAUAAAUGUAACGAAUGUGGCAAGGUCUUCACUCAGAAUUCACACCUUGCAAGACAUCGAGGAAUUCAUACUGGAGAAAAACCUUACAAGUGUAAUGAGUGUGGGAAAGCCUUUAGAGCUCGUUCAAGCCUAGCUAUCCAUCAGGCAACCCACAGUGGAGAAAAACCUUACAAAUGUAAUGAAUGUGGCAAGGUCUUCACUCAAAAUUCACACCUUACAAAUCACUGGAGAAUUCACACUGGAGAGAAACCUUACAAGUGUAAUGAGUGUGGCAAAGCCUUUGGUGUUCGUUCAAGCCUAGCUAUUCAUCUGGUAAUUCACACUGGAGAAAAGCCUUACAAAUGUCAUGAAUGUGGCAAGGUCUUUAGGCGUAAUUCACACCUUGCAAGGCAUCAACUAAUUCAUACUGGAGAGAAACCUUACAAGUGUAAUGAGUGCGGCAAAGCCUUUAGAGCACAUUCAAACUUAACCACCCAUCAGGUCAUCCAUACUGGAGAAAAACCUUACAAGUGUAAUGAAUGUGGCAAGGUCUUCACUCAAAAUUCACACCUUGCAAAUCAUCAAAGAAUUCAUACUGGAGUGAAACCUUAUAUGUGUAAUGAGUGUGGCAAAGCAUUCAGUGUGUAUUCAAGCCUAACUACCCAUCAGGUCAUCCAUACUGGAGAAAAACCUUACAAAUGUAAUGAGUGUGGCAAGGUCUUCACUCAGAAUUCACACCUUGCAAGACAUCGGGGAAUUCAUACUGGAGAGAAACCUUAUAAAUGUAAUGAGUGUGGCAAGGUCUUUAGGCAUAAUUCAUACCUUUCAAGGCAUCAGCGAAUUCAUACUGGAGAGAAACCUUACAAGUAUAAUCAGUAUGGCAAAGCCUUUAGUGAACAUUCAAACCUAACUACCCAUCAGGUCAUCCAUACUGGAGAAAAACCUUACAAGUGUAGUGAGUGUGGCAAGGUCUUCACUCAGAAUUCACACCUUGCAAGACAUCAGAGAGUUCAUACUGGAGAUAAACCUUACAAGUGUAAUGAAUGUGGCAAAGCCUUUAGUCAAACUUCAAAGCUUGCAAGACAUCAGAGAGUUCAUACUGGAGAGAAACCAUAUGAGUGUAAUCAGUGUGGGAAAGCCUUUAGUGUCCGUUCAAGCCUAACUACCCAUCAGGCAAUCCAUAGUGGAAAAAAACCUUACAAAUGCAGUGAGUGUGGGAAAGUCUUCACUCAGAAUUCACACCUUGCAAGACAUCGAGGAAUUCAUACUGGAGAUAAACCUUACAAGUGUAGUGAGUGUGGCAAAGCCUUUAGUCAAACUUCAAAACUUGAAAGGCAUCAGAGAGUUCAUACCGGAGAGAAACCAUAUGAGUGUGGGAAACUCUUUAGUAUCUGUUCAAGCCUAACUACCCAUCAGACAAUCCAUACUGGUGGAAAACCUUACAAAUGUAACGUGUGGAAAGUUCUAAAGUCAGAGUUCAAACCUUGCAAGUCAUCACAGAAUUCAUAGUGGGGAGAAACCUUACAAAUGAAGGUGGUAACUUUUGCAGUUAGAAUUCAUUCCUUUGACAACAUCAGAGAAUUUACUCCUGAGAGAUUCCUUGAGAAUGCAAUGACUGGCUGGGUGCGGUGGCUCACACCUGUAAUACCAACACUUUGGGAGUCCAAGGCAGGUGGAUCACCUGGGGUCAGGAAUUCAAGACCAGCCUGACCAACACGGUGAAACCCCAUUUCUACUAAAAGUACAAAAUUAGCUAGGCCUGGUGGCACACGCCUGUAAUCCCAGCUAUAUAGGAGGCUGAGGCAGGAGAAUCACUCAAACCCAGGAGGCGGAGGUUGCAGUGAGCCAAGAUCGUGCCAUUGCACUCCAUCCUGGGCAAAAAGAGUGAAACUCCAUCUUAAAGGAAAAAAAAUGCAAUGACUGUGGCAAACUCCUCAUGAGUUCAAGUAUUAAUAGACAUCCAAGAGUCCAUAAUAAUGAGAAAUUACAUAAAUGUACUGUGUGUGGCAGAGGCUUUAUUCAGGCCUCACAGCUUUGUAGGCAUUAAAAUCUACAUAUUUGAUGGAAUCACAAAAAUGUAAUGUGCAUCCUGAAGCUCUUACUCUAAGACUGUAACUGUAGGUGAGGAUUCAUACAAAGAGUGACUCAGUCUCUAGUUCUUUGAUUCACUUUUAAUAUGAUAAACUGAACAAUAAUUACACAUCCCCAUAUGGUAAAACUUAAGACAUUAUAUAUUUAAAAGGUUGAAGGGGCCGGGCGUGGUGGCUCAAGCCUGUAAUCCCAGCACUUUGGGAGGCCGAGGCGGGCGGAU